AUGCAGCAGGGAAUCGACUCUAAAGGGUGUGAUUCGCCUCAAAUUGCAUCGGUUGAGUCGGACCAUGACCAAUAUCCCGAAGGUGGGUCGAAGGCAUGGUCUGUGGUUCUUGGGGCUUGGUGUGCCAUGAUUCCCUCUAUGGGACUUUUAAACAGCCUGGGAGCUCUGCAACCUUGGACAAGUACCCACCAGCUCAAGGAUUAUUCCGAGUCAAGUAUUGGUUGGAUCUAUGGAACCUACACAUUUUUCCUUUUCUUAGGGGGUGCACAAUUUGGUGCAGUCCUUGAUUCUCACGGACCUCUAUAUGUAGUGCUCCCGGGCUCUAUUGGAAUAGUACUUUCCUUGAUUUUUCUGAGCUUCAGUCAGGAGUAUUAUCAGAUAUUUUUAUCAUUCAGCGUCCUCGGAGGGAUAUCAGCUAGCACACUUUUCACACCUCCCUUGGCUGCUGUUGGCCAUUGGUUCAAUGUUCGACGUGGCUGGGCAACUGGAGUGGCCUGCACAGCGGGUGGCGUUGGGGGUUGCAUAUUUCCCUUGAUAAUUCUUUUUGUAGCUCCUCGCAUCGGAUUUGCGUGGGCAAUCCGAAUUAUAGCUCUCGUAUGUGCAUUGCUGUGCUCAAUUGCAUGCCUCACGCUCCGAACCAGACUUCCUCCCAAGAAAGCCGUUGCAUCCCUCGACUUCAAGGCCCUCAAAGAUAUCAAAUACGGAUCUGCGACGCUGGCUGUCUUCUUUGCUGAAUUUGCCGCUUUCAUUCCAAUCACAUACAUCACCUCCUACACACUUCAUUCUGGCUUCGAUGAACAGUUGUCAUAUGCGAUUCUUGUCUUUCUUAAUCUUGGUGCUGUGUUUGGACGCUUCCUACCAGGACUGGUGGCAGACCGGAUGGGUCGGUUCAACGUUAUGAUCGUGAAUUGCUUAAUGUGUUCACUCUUUACUCUCAUUCUUUGGCUUUGCGGGGAUCUAGUCGAGCCUAAAAGCUUGGGAAUUGUCAUUGGGUACGCUGUGCUGUUCGGCUUCUGGAGUGGCUCAGCUAUCAGUAUUGCACCUGUUUGCAUUUCUCAGGUCUGUGAAAUCCAAGAUUAUGGAAAGAGAGUUGGAACUACAUGGACGCUGGUCUCCUUUGGCACCCUCAUCGCACUCCCUAUUGCAGGCGCUAUUCAGCAGCACAACAAUGGGGAGUACUAUGGGUUGAUUAUUUUUGGAGGUGUUCUCUAUAUUACAUCCACCAUUGCCUUCGUCGUAUCUCGUGGCAUUUGUAAAGGAUGGGCUUGGGGGACCAAGUUUUAG